AUGGCGGCAGACGUGGAUUCAAAAUAUUUUCUCAAUGGGAUCCCUUAUCUUGGGAAAGAUGCAGCGCGGCCUGCUGGGCAGCGCUUGGGGGAGAGAGUAGUGCUGAACCUCAUGGAGCCAUUCAUGGACAAAGGCAGGAAUGUCACCACUGACAAUUUUUUCACCUCAUUAUCCCGAGCCAAAUGCCUGCUGGCGAGAAACACCAGCCUCGUCGGCACCAUGAAUGCUGCGCGCAGAGAACUCCCACCUUCAGCGAAACAGCGCGCAGACCUGCACAGCACCAAGGUGCUCAAGCAUGAGCGGGCCACUCUCACUCUGUACCAGGCAAAGAGGAAGAAGACUGUCUCCAUCCUGAGUACUCUCCAUCAGAUGGUCCUUACAGGCACAGAGGGGAAGAGGAAGCCUGAGACCAUCACCUUUUAUAAUACCACAAAGGUUGGUGUAGACUCGCUGGACCAGAUGGCUCGCCUCUAUUCAACAAAAGGUGCGACAAGGAGGUGGCCCGUGGCAGUUUUCUGCAACAUCCUGGAUUUGGCUGCAAUAAACGCCUGGGUCCUAUACAGGCAGUGUACAGGGGCAAACAUUGCGAGGCGCGCCUUCAUCCUCGAGCUGGCCAAAGAGCUGCGCAGGGAGCACAUGCUAGCAAAAGCCGCCCCCCCUGCACCAGUGCAGAGACCGCUUCUCCCGCUUCCCUAUGUUCCCCACCCACAGGUGCCAGAGAGGAGACGGCAGUGCCAGAUCAAUGCCCACUGCAAGCAGAAUAAAACCACCGUGGUCUGCAGUGGGUGCAAGCGGCCUGUAUGUGGCAAAUGUGUGGUCCAAUUAGAACCUCGUUGCCUGAAGUGUGUGUAG